CCAAGGAAUAUGCAAACAAGAAUUUUCCUACAUUUCCCAAAUUUUCCAGGAAAAGAAAAUUCAGGAGGAGAAGAAACCCACUUGUAUUCUUCGUUUUCUCUCCUGGUAUCUACUGGUUCGAUUCUCUUCCUCUCUCCAACGGACCUGACCCCAACCCCACCAAUGUACGGAGGCCCUGCCAAACUCGGCCGUGGCGGCAGCGCCGUCGGCGGUCGUGGCGGCGGCAAGCGUGGCAUCCACUCUUCAUUUCCUCCUCCGCCGCCUCACCGUCCUUCCGUCCCCGCCAGCCGCCUAUCGGUCGGAGGAGCCGGUGGAGCUGGUCCUCGCAACCGUGCCACCAACUCUGGGGCCACCACGCCGGCGCACCUGCCGGCGUCGGAGGAGACCUUCAGUCUAGUUACCGGAAACCCUCUCGCAUUCGCUAUGAUAAUCCGCCUCGCGCCGGACCUCGUUGACGAGAUCAAGCGCGUGGAGGCACAGGGAGGUACUGCGCGGAUCAAAUUCGAUUCUAAUGCGAAUAAUCCGUCUGGAAACGUGAUUGAUGCGGGUGGUAAGGACUUCAGAUUUACAUGGUCACGUGAACUAGGUGACCUCUGUGACAUAUAUGAAGAACGUCAAAGUGGCGAAGAGGGAAAUGGUUUGCUUGUUGAAUCUGGAGGUGCCUGGCGCAAGCUGAAUGUGCAGCGUAUUUUGGAUGAAUCAACUAAAAAUCAUGUUAAAAUGCGGUCAGAGGAAGCUGAACGCAAGCAGAAAUCGCGCAAAGCCAUCGUCUUAGAGCAUGGAAACCCAUCCAUGAAGAGUCAGAUGAAGGCACUAGCUGCUGCUGAGACUAAUCCAUGGAGGAUGCAGUUUAAACAAAAGAAAGAGCCUGCAUUUAAAAAACGAAAAGUCGAACCACCUCAAGCUACUAAAGCUGUCUAUAAACCUGGAUUAUCCUCAACAACUACUACUAAGAGCAAACCCACACCUUCACCUCUACCAUCUCCCCCUGAGCAAACUGGUGCUCUGACAUCUCCAUUUGGAGGUGGAGGAAACCUUGCUAAGAGUCAUGUGAUUGUAGAAGAUAUUAUGCCCAUCCCAGCGACCAGUAAAGAGAACACUGCAAGCUCAGAGAAAGAAAUCCCUGGCAGGGCUAUCAGUGCAUCUGUACGUGAAACACCUGGACACAAAGGGAAUUUGGGAGCUACACCGAUGGAUUUGCAAAGUAUGCUAAUUACUCUGCUCUUGGACAAUCCUAAGGGAAUGAGCCUAAAGGCCUUGGAAAAAACUAUUGGAGAUACAAUUCCCAAUGCUGGAAAGAAGAUUGAGCCCAUUAUAAGAAAAAUUGCAACUUUCCAAGCUCCAGGAAGAUACUUCUUGAAACCAGGAGUGGAGUUGGAAAGCUUGAAGAAACCUUCGUCUGAAAAUGGAAGUUCUCCUGAAGAUGACCGCCAGCAAACACCUGCUCCUGAAGACAACCAGGAUCAAGCAGCAGCUUCUGAACCUAGAUUUGCCGAGAAAGCCCCCAGAAUUGAGCAAGUGGAUCAGGCACAGUUGAAUUCUAAACUCGGAGGAGAAUCAAGUUUGGUCGAAAAAAUUGAUACUCAACCACAUUCGCCUGAUCUGUUUGGUGACAAAAAAGUCUCUGACAAUAGUGAAGGGCAGGCAGGCAGUUCUAGUGAUAGUGACAGAAGCAAUAGUGAGAGUGAUAGUGGCAGUGAUAGUGAUAGUGAUAGUGGUAGUGGAAGUGAUAGUGGAAGCCAUAGUAGAAGCAAAAGUAGAAGUCCGGUGGGAAGCAGGAGUGGCAGUAGCAGUGACAGCGAGAGUGAUGCUUCUUCCCACAGCAAGCACGGUUCUGACAUAGAAGUGGAUAUUAUGACAAGUGAUGAUGAAAAAGUACCAAGUCAUAAAUUGCAAGCGUCUGAAUCAUUGUUCCCUACCUCAUCCAUUCUAUGGAGAACUCCAGAUGACAGGCCUGGGCAAAAUGGGAUUGAUGUAAAGGCAGCUGGUCAUGGAUCAAAUGCAGUUGAAUUUGAGAAAGAUCUGCCUGACGGUGAUCAGGAAAUUGAAAUGGUUAAUUUUGUUCCUAAGAAAGAAGACAGAAAACCUGCAGAAGAAUCCAAACCCAUUUCAUCUGAUGGUGAUGAUCAUCAAGAGCGGCAAGUAUAUACUGGAAAUUUGUUCAAUGAGAGAGAAAGCAUGUUUAAGGAUGGUUUCAAGCGUGAGCAAUCUGACAGCUCUGAGGGAAUAUCCAAAGGUAAAUCCAGAAAAGGUUCUGAUGCGAAGCGCUUUGAUGACAAAUCUGACCGCAUGAAAAGGUCAAAAACAGGAAACAUGUCUCAACCACCAACUUCUGCGGUAAGGAAUACCCACUUUUCAGAUAUUCCUCAAAAUGAGUCUCCUGAUGGGCUCAUUGAAGCCCAUUACAGGGCGGCCUCUGCGGUUCAAAUGACAAAUAGAGCUGAUAGGGAUGGGAAUGCUGAUUUUGGCUUGCAAAAAGGAUAUGCCCCCAUUCCUGGAAAAUUUAUUCCAGAUUCUCAACAAUCAGGUAGAAGGCCUAUUGAUCGUAGUGCACGGGCAAAGGUUCCUGAUACAGCAGAGAGACCUAGUAAAUAUGCUGAGAGCUUAGAACAUGGCCUUAAAUACUCAGAAAGUAGCUUUCAAGCAAAUGAGGGCUUUUCCACGCUAAAAGAUAAAGUAUAUAGAGAAACUCAAGAUGAAGAUGGUUAUGCCAAUGAGAAGAAGAUGCCAAGAAAUAUUAAGGAUGGUGGUUUUGGGGACAAAUACUCCUUUGAUUCACGUGAAAGGAAACAUGAACUGGUUGGAAAGUUCAAGGAGGCUGGGCAGGUUUCAAACUCAUACAUGGGGUCUUCUCCAAGGGAUAAUAGCAGAAUUGUUGUGGACAGAUCCCCGAUGGUUAAUGGGAGAGGCAUUUUGCUCCAAAGAGAGCUUUCAGACUUGGAGUUGGGUGAGCUUCGGGAGCCCUUGCCUGAUGACACAACUGGGAUUAAGAAGCAAUUUGAAAGAAAAAGUUCAUUUAAACAGUCAGAGAACAAACUAAGUACUUCAGAUAACUGGACUUCGGAUGUGAAUAGAGGAAAACAUGUUGGGAAAGCGACUCUUGACUCAGGAAAGCUGUCCCCAUCCCAUUUAGAUGCUGGAGUUUCUAGCAAUCCAGAGGCCUCAUCUAAGAAGAGGACCAAAGAACAUAAUUUUGAAGAUAUAGCAAGACCUCACCCCAGGAUUGGGCAAUCUCAACCACAACAGAUUUCAAGAGUUGAUCAUGCUGAAGUUGGAUCCCAAUUUAAUAGAUUAACAGAUGUGAAUAGUAAAUAUAGACAUAGUGAAGCUGGAGCAGACCAAGGGAUUGGUCCAGAAGACUAUGGGGAAGCUCAUAAGAGAAUGCCUGUCAGUGCAGCACUACAGCAAGACACUAAACGUGGACUAGCUUCCCACGCCACUAAAGAAAGUAAAACACAAAAAUCUAAUAUGGUGCCAGACUUGAGUGAUAAGCAAAAGGAUGCAUUUUUGACUGAUAGUAGUAAUAAUGGUCGAAAGAGGAGGGAAUCUUCUUCAGAUGAAAAUAGUUGUUCUUAUUCCAAGUAUGAAAAGGAAGAACCAGAGCUCAAAGGACCAAUAAAGGAUUUCUCUCAGUAUAAAGAAUAUGUGCAAGAGUAUCAUGAGAAGUAUGAUAGUUACAACUCAUUGAACAAGAUUCUAGAGAGCUACAGGAAUGAGUUUCAUAAACUUGGAAAGGAUCUUGAAGUUGCAAAAGGUAGGGAUUUGGAGAGAUAUUAUAAUAUUUUGGAGCAGCUGAAGGAUACAUAUAGCCAGUGUAGCACGAGACAUAAGCGGUUGAAGAAAAUAUUCGUUGUGCUUCAUGAAGAACUCAAGAAUCUGAAGCAAAGAAUUAAAGACUAUGCUCUUCCAUAUACAAGAGAUUGAAGCAGGUUCCUCCUUUAAGAAGAAAAGCUGCCAGUUCAAUAUACAUGGCAGGGGAUCUUCGGAGCGAUGGUCAUCCAUAUUCUAAGAUGCAGAUUAUACUGUAAAAAAGGGUCGAAUACGGUUCCAGGAGCUUCACAGAAAUCAAAGGCCAUGACACUUGACAGAGGCUGUUGGGUUCAUGCAGGGUGCUUUGAUCCAAUAUGAAAAAGAAGAGAUGUUGUGAUUGUUAGUCUGAAGAUGCACACAGGAGAUGGAUGUAUCAUGCAGUUUUUGGCCUCAUUUUUAUUUUUUUUUCCUUCUGAUUCUCAAGGCAGUUUCUGUUGCUCUUCUUAGAUCAUACAUUGCCAGAAAAUUCACUUAGAAAAACAAAAUUUUCAAGUGAAAUAUGGUGGUUGUACAAAAUCUUUUUGUUUUUGUUGAUUUUUGUGUAAACAGAUCUCCAAGCAUUUUGAUUUUUGUAAGUAUUAAUUAUAACCAGCCUAAUGAGGCUUGUUGGAUCCAAAGUGGAUCACUUGAGUUGCCAUUUGUAUUAGUUAUAAUUGAAUUGAGAUUUGGGUUUUCA